AUGGGAAUUUUGGAAAAGAUAGCCGAAAUAGAGCGCGAAAUUGCUCGCACACAAAAGAAUAAAGCCACAGAGUAUCAUUUGGGUACUCUAAAGGCAAAAUUGGCAAAAUACAGAGCACAACUUUUGGAGCCAACCUCAAAAUCUUCCAAAACAGGCGAAGGUUUUGAUGUUAUGAAAUCAGGUGAUGCAAGGGUAGCGCUCAUUGGUUUUCCAUCGGUUGGCAAGUCCACCCUUCUCAACAAAGUUACGGCGACAGAAAGUGAAUCUGCGUCCUACGAGUUUACGACGUUAACAUGCAUCCCAGGCGUUAUUGAUUACAACGGUGCCAAUAUUCAAUUGCUAGAUCUUCCUGGUAUUAUCGAAGGUGCGGCCCAGGGUAAAGGUCGGGGUCGACAAGUUAUCGCAGUGGCACGGACGGCAGAUAUGAUAAUUAUGAUGUUAGAUGCGACGAAAGGUGACAUUCAGAAAGUCUUGUUAGAAAAAGAACUCGAGACCUGCGGUAUUCGACUAAACUGUGAUAGGCCGAACAUUUAUUUCAAGCAGAAGAAAGGUGGGGGAAUAGCAUUUAAUGCAACAUGUACCCUAACACGUAUCAACGAGAAAGUCGUCCAGACGAUUCUUCACGAAUACAAAAUUUUCAACGCAGAGGUGGUUUUCCGUGAAGAUUGUGGUGUCGACGAGUUUAUCGAUGUUGUUACCGGCAACCGUGUAUACCUACCUUGCUUGUUUGUGUAUAAUAAAAUAGAUUGUGUUUCAUUAGAAGAAGUUGAUCGUAUUGCCCACCUUCCUCAUUCUGUCGUCACCAGCUGUGGUUUGGAAUUAAAUCUGGAUUACUUGCUCGAAAAGAUCUGGGAAUCUCUAGCCCUGCUUCGAAUCUACACGAAAAAGAAGGGAUGUCCACCUGAUUUUGAAGACUCUCUCAUCCUUCGCCAAGGAGCAACGGUCGAACAUGUAUGUCAUACAAUCCAUAGAAGUAUUGUGGAUGCAUUCAAGUAUGCGUUAGUUUGGGGCACGAGUACAAAAUACAGUCCUCAGCGUGUUGGCAUCAAUCAUGUGAUGAAUGAUGAAGAUGUUAUUCAAGUCAUGAAGAAAUGA